AUGCCGGACAUUGUGAAUAUUGCAAAUGAAUGGAAUAAUUGCUGUAAAAUUGUAUGGCAACAAAAUGGAUGUAAAGGUGAAGAAAAUAGCAAAGUGGCAAAGGGUCAAUUAUGCAAUAAAGGGAAUAAUGAACAGGAAGAAGGCAAAUCAGAACGGUUGGAUAUCAGAAGAGAGCAAAGGAAUAGGAAUUAUGACGGAUCAAACAAAAAUAAAGAGAGAUUAGGAUUCGAAAAUAACGUAGAUACUGGAAAUGCAAUUAUUCAAAAUCAAAAAUUCAGAAACAAUAAGGAAUUGGAAAGAAUUGAAGCCUUCAAAAUCCCGGGAUUACUGAUAAGUAUUCAGAGAAAGGAUGCAUUAACACUGUCAUCCUUUCAAAUAUUAUCAGAUACUUUCCAACAGUAUUAUACUCAUUGCUGCAAUGUAUUUCAUAUAUGUCCGACGACAGAAACGUUGGAGCAAAGUGCUGCCGUAACAUACGCUAUCGUCAGAUUACUCUUUCAUAUUGGCUACAAUCCGGGAAGAGCAGCAGUUUCCGGACUCGAUGCAUUAAUGCUGCUAGCUGCCAAAGAUGCAUUGAAACUUGAAGAUGCGUGUUUUGCAUGGAAAACUAUCGCACCAUUAAUGAAAGAUAGAGAUAGUCCGAAGACUGCUCAACGAAUCAAUGCAAUCCUAUUGAAAUUUGACAUUAACUUUCAGAAAGAAAUUUCAAUAAUUAAUGUCGAUCGUUUAACAAUAUCAGAUACAGAAUCUCUUACAGCAGCAAUCCUCACUAAUGAUGAGCAAAAUCAGCUAUUUCUAGCUAGUCAAAUGGAAUCCUAUAUGAUAUUUGGUUCUUGGAAUGAUUGUCUAAUGAAACACAUUGAAAAUUUUGAUGAUUUUAUUAUUUUUCAGAAAGAUUUUAAAAUUCUCCUAGCUUUGAAGAAGGUUUUAAUCCGGAGGAAAAGUAUUUCUAACUUCCUUUUGAAAAGUCAAUUUUAUCAAUCAGAAAAAUCAUCGAAUCAAAAUUUUACGGAAAUUUUGAGCGUUCAAAUGAAUUUGAAAGAGAAAAAAUAUUUGUUCGCCCAUUUGGUACAUAAUUGUAACAUUUUAUCAGCUGCCACAUUACUUACUACUAUUUAUAGCGCAUUAUCAAAUCAAAGGAACAUUUUACAAGAUAUAACCUUCCUCUUCCCCGUUACUUUUGCAUCUGAAAGCAAAAGUAUCAAUUUUAAAGUUCAAAUUUCUUCCGAGAUAUGCACUGUUACAUAUUUGAAUUAUCAAUGCGUUACAUUCCGAUUAAGUGAACUUUGUCCAGGAAUGCAUUCUGGAUCCAGUAAUAAUCGGAAAUGCCAAUUUAUCUGUCAUGGCAUUAGCAGGUCUGAGCACAAUGCAAAAUCGGUUACAGAAGAAGAAUUUUAUACAGAGAUGGAGAAAUAUCAUUAUCAGUAUAAUGAAGAAUUUCGUUGUGUUCGAAAGUUAGUGAUAAAUGAGAAUAACGGUACAGUGCAGCUUGGGCCAAGCACACAUCUCGAUGCUCUGAUCGAUGGAGCUAUGCAAGCAAUCGUUUUUAUUUAUAUUCAGCAAUAUGGCACAAAGUUGAUAACUUUGGUACCAUUUCAUAUUUGGAAAAUUGAAAUUGUUAGGAUUACGGAGCAAACAAUUUUAGUGGGAAAAUAUGAGAAUGCUAAUAUACUGGCAUUUGUCAAAGCUGAAUUGAAAAACGGAAAACUUUUGGGUUCAUUUGAAUUUGCGACUAAUGAAAUCGCUGUUGCAGCGCAUGCUAUAAGUUUUUAUCCGAUAACAUCUGAUAAUAUAAUGAAAGUAGUGAAGAGAGAAAGAGCGCUAUCGUCUAAUUCUUUUGAGCCACGGAUUAAUUCUCGUGCCGAAACAUCAUUAAAGCCGGAAGUAGAAGAAUCGAUGAACAAAAAUGAAUUAUCACAAAUGACAUUAAAUCAAUUGAACCACACCCAAGACAAAAGAUUAAUAUGCAUUAAAUCGAUUGCGUGCCGUUUACCCAAAAUUGUUCAUGAUCCGGCCGAAUUUUGGGAUGCUCUUAAAACUGGUCAAAUAAUGGCAAGUAAAAUUCCAUGUUCGAGAAUCAGCGGAAGGGAUAAUUUAGCUGAAGGCCUAUAUGGCCAUUCUAUUAGGUGUGCUAAUUUUUUAGCAGAUGAUAUCAGUUAUUUUGAUGCAACAUUUUUUGGCAUUUCACGAAGUGAAGCUGAAAAGAUGGAUCCACAGCAACGAAUACUUCUGGAAUGUGUGUACGAAUGCAUGGAAAAUGCUGGAUUAACCUCAUUGAGAGAUGCCGGAUUUUUCGUCGGCUUCAUGUCAAACGAAUAUCCGGAUAUUGUGAAAAGUCAGGAUGCUAUAUCGAUGCUUGGUUCAAGUGCUAGUGUUGUUAGUGGACGAUUGAACUAUUUGUUUGGAAGUGCCGGACCAGCAAUUACGCUUGAUACAGCGUGUAGUUCAAGUUUAGUUGCAUUGCAAGCAGCAAUUCAUGCAUUGCUUGAUGGACACUGUUCCAUAGCUGUUGUUGCUGGGGUUAAUUUAAUUUUAACAGAACAAAGUAUCGGUCAACGAGCAAAUGGUAAUUUAUUAGCUGAUGAUGGUAUGUGUCGUAGUUUCGACGCACGAUCAAGCGGCUAUGGAAGAGCAGACGGAUGCGUAGCUCUUCUUUUAAGCAUCGCAGAUAAAGCAGUAGAAGGAAAUGAUUGUGCGGCGAGCAUCAUUUCAACAUGCAUUGGUCAUAAUGGACAAAGUAUGUCACUUACCUCACCCAAUGGUUGUGCCCAAGAAAAAUUACUUCGAGAUUGUUUAAGUAAAAUUCAAGGCAAUCAAUCCGUUAAUUAUUGGGAAACACAUGGUACAGGUACCAUAAUUGGUGACUCAAUCGAGCUGAAGGCAUUACAAGCUAAUUUGCAACACUGUUUAAUUAGUACUGCAAAGACGCAUUUUGGACAUUCAGAAGCUGCUGCUGGUGCUGCUGGAUUAGCUAAAAUUUUACUACAAUUUAAAUAUGAAUACAUUCCGGAACAUGGAUCCUAUGAAUUUUUGCAAAAUUUACGAGAUGGAACUUUAUAUUUACCUGUCAUUGGUGAAGAGUGGAUGGAAGAUGCAAUAGCUGGAACAAGUUCAUUUGGUAUUAGUGGGACAAAUGCUAUGACAAUAUUAAAAUCUGAAAAAGGAAUUUUCAAGCGAUCAAAAAAAAGGAUGACAACAGAAUGGCAAAUGUGUAUUUGCCCAAUAUCAGCGAAAAGUAAAGAAUCCUUGGAUAUGUUAACGAGAAGCUAUCAAACAGUGCUCAAAAAUACUUCUCAAAACAUGAAAGAUAUUUGUUCAGCAGCAGCACUUUAUCGGAAUCAUUUGCAAUGUCGUGCUGUCAUUUUGUUACGUAAAGGAAAGAUUAUGCAAAAAUGGAUAAAUUGUGAAAAAUCUGAAAAACAAGAAAUGAUAGGCUUGAAAUUGUAUACUAAUUCAUAUCCAUACAUAAUUCGCUGGUUUUAUUCGAAUUUUGCAAAAUUUAGGACGAAUUUCAAAAUUUAUUUACCACUGAUGAAGAAUUUUGUAACACAAAAAAUUUCAACAAAAUUUCAACGAACACAAAGUGCUAUUAUCCUGACAGGCUUUUUAAGUCUGAUUACAUUUUUACACGAUCUCGGUAUUAAAAUAAGAGCUAUUCAUGCUUGUGAUAAUCUAUCGCUAACUGCAGCUUUAUUAAUUACGGGUAAACUAAAGUUUAUUAAUGUCAACGAUACAGUGUAUUCAAAUAUACAAAUUUAUACGCAGAAAAUUUCAACAGCGAAUACAUAUACUGACAAUUAUAAAUGGUAUAAAUUAUAUACCAUAAAGGAUGAGAAAACUUUUGAAUAUGAAUUAAUGGAAAUGAUUGCAACAUCUUACCUGCAAGGAGAUUGCAUUAAUUGGACAUGCCUAUACACGCUACCCCUUUAUCCGACUACACUUCCGAACUAUCAGUUUAAACGUGAAUCGUACUGGAUUGCCGAGAAUUCAGCAACAAUCGAUCAUUGGCUGAUUGGCAGAUUAAUGAAAGAUGAAGAGAAUGAAUGCAUUUUUAUUAAUCAAAUUAGCAAAAUGACAAAUGGAGAAUUGAUGGCCAUUGAAUAUGAUGGACAAAUGCGCUUUUCUUUUGGUAUUUGUUGUGAAGCUAUCAUACAAGCACUUCAACUUACCUUCUUCAAGAAUAUUACUGACCAAUCACGAUCCUAUUUCUUCAGAGAUAUAACAAUGGUAAAAUAUCGUGUGCAGGAAAAUGAUUGGAUAAAAACAACAAUUAUAAAGUAUACAGAUGAGAAGUAUCACGUAAAACUGACGUGCGUCUCAAAUGUUAUUUGUGAAGCAAACAUUAUCCUUAUUGCUUACACAAUCCCAAUGAAGGCAUUAAAUGUCACGCAAAUUGGAAAUUUUAUCACAAAGCCGAAUUUUUACGAAACCCUCAAUGAUAAAGGAAUAUUUUACAAGAAAUUUUAUCAAAUAAUCACUCGUGCUUCUUCAAAUGAAAAGAUAUUUGUAGCAAAAUGUCGCUGUCAAAUCUUUCUUCUAAUGGAAGCGAUAAUACAAGCAGCAUGCUAUCUCGAUCUUUUAAAUCCAUACAACGUUUACGGUGAAAAAAAAUUCACUAUUGAAAAUUUAAACUUUCAUACGCUUUUAUCCGAAUCAAUGUGUGUGUGGAUAGAAAAUCGUGAAAUAAUUGCGUAUAACAGAAGCAAUAAUAAAAUGAUGAUAAGUGCAAGUUUGAAUUAUAAAAAAGUCAACGAGAAAUUGGGCAAAACGAAGUGUCAGAAAAAAAAGAAUCAAAUGAAACCGAAUCAAUUUAUCAAUUUCUCCUUUACCACUUACCAAAAAUGUGCAGAUAAAGUGCGACAAGCAGUUGAAGAUAUCCGUAAAGGUGAUAAUCCAAUUAGCAAUAAACAAUUAUCAGUAUCAUUCACAGAACUUGGUCUUGAUUCCUUAUCAAUCACUGAUCUUGCUAAUCGUCUAAAUACUAUUUAUUUUCCAAAUUUGCAAAUUGGUGCUGUUGAUCUUUUCAAUUAUCCAAAUAUUUUUUCGUUAACGGAUGCGAUCUAUAAUCAUAAAAUAUCAUCGAGGAUUAUUGAUAAUGAAGAGGAAAAGAUACGUCAAAUGAUUGAUAAACAUUCUGAUAUAAUCACUACGUUGGAUAAAUCCACUCGCAGAAGAUCUCAAAGUCAACAUGUGUAUUCGUCAUUGACGAUUGAUGAAAAUGAAAGUUGCGCAUAUACACAAACAUUCUUUAAGGUGCAGUCAAGAAAUGAUUGUACAACUCUUAUCAUUACUGACAAGCAAUUCAUAUCAGGAAAGAAAUUGAAUAAUCAAUUGGUAAUCAUUGUAAGUAACGAAAAGAAAAAAUGUAGAAGUACUGAGGAUGACAUUGGAAUACUAUAUUUAAAUACGAGGGAUCCUAGAAAUUUUAAGCGUCAUUUCUUAUCACAUUUCAAUGAUCAUAAAACAGCUAUAAUCAGAUUUGAAUUAAUCCACAAUUUUCCAUUACGAUACCUUGCAGAAGUUUUACUUCAUCUUACAGAAGUAAUCAUCCAAUCCAAGUCUACCUACAUAUUUUCUAGUAAGCCCGGAUGCGGAGGCGCUAAUGCAUUUGCAUUGGGAUUUGCUAAAAGUUUAUCAGCAGAAUUAUAUCCUAAAGUGCAAUAUGAAUGGAAUUUUAUUUUGCAAAAAGCUUCGAGUUUAACGAAAUAUAUGGAAGAGUUACCGAGGUCAUUGCAAACAGAUGAUGAUAAUUGUAAAGAAAGAUGGCUUAUUACUGGAGGCCUUGGUGGAAUUGGCUGGCAAAUGGCUAAAUUUAUCGCAUACAAUCGAAAAGUUUCCCAUCUUUUUUUGCUUGGCAGAAAACAACCAAAUAAAACACAAAUUGAAGAAAUGAACAAAAUGCGCGAUAGUGUAGGUAUUGACGUACGUGCAGUUUCCGUCGAUUUGAGAUCUAAAAUGCAAAUGAAAGAAUUCUUCGAAAAGUUACAAAUAUCCCUAACAAGUAUUAUCCACAGUGCAGGAUGUAUUCAUGAUGCAUUAGCUUCCAAGCAAAGCAUUUCAACUUUUCGACUUGUAACCGAAGCAAAAUGUGUGGGAUUAUUAAUUUUAGAAAAACUAUGUCGCUCACAUCCAAUCAAACAUUUUAUUGUUAACUCAUCCAUUUCUUCAAUAAUUGGUAACAUUGGCCAAUGUAACUAUUCAGCAGCUAAUGCUUUUAUUGACGAAAUUAUGACUGAACGACGAGCAAAAGGACUUCCGGCAACAACAAUUAAUUGGGGAAAUUGGCUGGAAAUUGGAAUGGCUGUUAAUGCUAACAAAAUUUUAAACAAAAUGGGAUUUAUCGGUUUAAAAACGCGAAAAGCGAUGAAUUAUUUACAAACUGCCAUUGAUUAUGUACCAGCAAGAAUGAUUAUCAUUGAGCUUAAUGUUCGGAAAAUUUUACAUUAUCGUCCUGAUUUAGCCCUUGUAUUUCCUAUAAAUGAAAAUAAUAUUUUAAAAAGCAGGAAGAAUGCUGAACAGGCUUUAAGUCAAAGUUUACAAUUGUAUGUGGAUCGGUCAACAAGUGUUGCACCGAAGCAAUGCAGUAAAAAUAUGAAACAAAAUGACGAAAUUUGUGAAAAUGACACCAGUCGAGUCAAAUCAAUAAUUGUCAAAAUCUUGGAGGAAAUAACCGAAGAAGCGGUAACUGACGAGGAUUACCAGAAGAGUUUUAUGAAUCUUGGCCUUGAUUCUCUCAAAAUAUAUCGAUUUGUAAGUGAGUUAACAAAAAGAAUUGAAAUAAAGCCUACCUUAAACGUAUUGGCAAUAUUUGAACAUCCAACAAUCGAUCAACUUUCUCGCUAUAUCCGAUCACUAUUCUGCCGUAUAAGAGAACGUUCGGAAGUGGUAACCAAUGGCGACAAUUUCCUAUCAAAGCAUAAGGAAAAUAUAGAAAAUAUAGCUAAAAAUUUUACAUUUUUUGUGUUCCAUUCAAAAAAUGAAAAAAAAUUGGAGAAAGAAAAAUUUCAUUUUUUCGAUUCAUUCGAACAGUCCCCCCAUCCCUCAGAAAUAUCGUCAGAUCGAUCAUUUGAAUACGAUCAGUCUAAUGGUUAUUGCCAUGUUGUUUGGGGUUCAAAAUACAAAAUAUUACGAAAUAGUUUGCUACACUUUGAAAUUAUUCCUAAUAUCAAGCAAUCCAAAAAGCCAGUCAUAUCAUUUAUGGUCAGUGGUCAAGGAAGCCAAAUAUGGAAUAUGGGUAGGCAGCUCAGUUGUAUUUUUCCAUUUUUCCGAAAAAAAUUUGAUGAAACAUUAGAUGUUGCAACGCGGUAUAUGCCCGAGAAAUGUGUACAUAUUCGGGAUGUAAUCUAUCAGUGGCGUUAUCGAGAGUUGUUGUAUAAAACAGAAUAUGCUCAACCAAUUAUUUACUGUUUUGCAUAUUCGCUUGCUAAAUUUUAUGAAUUUUGCGGUGUGCAGGCUAACUUCUUUGUUGGACAUAGUAUUGGAGAAGCUGUUGCUUGUACGUUAGCUGGUCGAAUAUCAUUCGAUGAUGGAUUGAGACUGGUUAUACGACGGGGAGAAAUUCUUGGAUUUACCAGAGGAAAAGGUAAAAUGAUUGCAGUAAGGGAAAAUGAUGCCAAAAAACUUCAACAAUAUAGUGGGAUGAGUCGAGCAGCUGAAAAUAGUCACAAGCAAAUUAUCUUAUCAGGUGAUAAUCGAUCAGCCAGAUUAUGCUUACAUUUUGCACGAUUAUAUCAAUGUCCGGUUACAGUAAUUGAUGAUUGCUAUCCAUUUCACAGUUCAGCAAUUAAUGACACACUAUUGGAUCAAUAUAGGAUGGAAUGCAGAAAAGUGAAACUUGAGAAAACGAAAGUACGAAAUGUUGUUAGCAAUUGUACCGGCAAAUUUAUGGAGCACAAGACGGAAUCGAUUGCUUCGAUCAAAUCUGCUGUGUUUUUCAAGAGAUGCGUAGAAACACUGAACGACAAUAAUACUAACAUAUGGCUUGAAAUAGGUAAUGGUGAAAUUUUGACAACAUUAGUGAAAAGUAUGCUGGGAUCUAAACCGGAUACGUUGAUAUGUUCCGGAAUUAAAAAUGAUAAGCAAGAAGUGGACUCAUUCAUGCACUCAUUAUGUCAACUUCAGCUUUUUGGAGUUAAGAUUAAAUGGGAACGAAUUUGCAAUAGAACAAAUGACAAUAAUGUUCAGAAAAUGAUGAAGUCAUGUAUGAAGAAGAGAAAAACCGAAAGGAGAAUGAUAAUUGGAAAAAAAAGCGAUAUGGAAAUGAUUGAGCAACAUCUCAUGCACGGUAAAAUAAUAUUACCUGCAGCAUUUAUUAUUGCUAAAUUUGUUGAAUUUACUAGAAAUUCAUUGAAAACGUGUAUUGGUGAAUCAAAAAAUCAAAAAUGCAAAACGAUUCUUUUUCAAUCAUUACGGUUGGAAAAACGAGUGAAUGAAAUUGAUCUAAACAAACUUGAAAUAAAAUUCGAUUCAUCUGAAUUGAUUUUGACGGAUAAUAUUAGCAAAUAUAGCACCUGCCGAUUAGGUAAUGAAGAGCGUAAAAAAAUUUUGGAACAAAUGAAACAAAUCAAUGCUUUAAAUACAUUACGAAUGAAGUACGAACAAUUAAAGAUAACAAUGGAUGAAUUACCUCAUCAAGCAUUUUAUGAAACAAUGAGAAGACGCGGUUUGCAGUACGGAUUAAAAUAUCAAAUAUUACGUGAAAUAUAUUAUAAAGAUUGUUAUAUUGGUGCAACACUGAUCAAUAUUAAUGGUCUAACACAACUUGUUGACGGAGCUCUUCAACUGCUUUCUGCGGCUCUUUUAACCAAGAGUAAAUUAUCAAUUUAUAUUCCAUUUUCAAUUGAUGAUAUUAUAAUAAAAUAUGAUGAAAAAACUGCUCACAAUUAUUUCCAUGCUUAUGGAAUUAUCUCGAAACGCAUUGAUAAUAUUAUCAAAGGAUCGGUUGUUAUUUAUGAAGAUAACAAUCAAGUCAUCGCUCUAAACAAUGCUAUAGCAAUUGAUGUGAGUUCUAACAAGUCCAGCAUAGCGAUCAAACAUCGCAAUCCAUCAGAUUCCCAAUAUUCAAGUAACAUUGAAACGAAGCAUUCUUCAAUCGAAGAUAAGAGUGACAAGAUGAAACAUGUCGAGAUCAAUUCAAAUAAUGCUGAUAAUUCUGAUAAUACAACUGGAAUCAAAAAGGAUAAAAAAUUAUCUGUUCGGAAUGAAACGUUACAAAUUGAAAUUGUUAGCUAUGCUGGCCAGUUUCCUGGUUCUGCAGUAGACUGUGCAUCGUUGUGGAAUAAUCUGAAAACAGGAACAAGUUCGCACAUUUCCGGUAAUAUUCAAAAACUUCAAACUGAUAUUACCAUGUUCAAUCCGGUGCACUUUGGUAUUACACCUAAAGAAGCUACUUAUAUCGAUCCUCAGCAAAGAAUUCUCUUGGAGAUGACACAAAAAACGAUCGAAAAUGCUGGAUUAGAAAGAUUGGAUAGUGAGACGGGGGUGUUUAUCGGUAUAAGCUCGAGUGAUUUUGCUCAAAAAGCGUAUGCAGAGAUUGAAGAUAUCUGCUCAUACCUGAGUACCGGUACAAAUCAAAGCGUUCUGGCUGGUCGUAUUGCUUAUUGGUUCAAUUUAAAAGGGCCUACGAUGGUGAUCGAUACAGCAUGUUCAUCAUUUUUUUCUGCUCUUGUUGUUGCUUGCGAUAACAUUAGAAUGGGUAAUUGUCGGGCAGCUCUCGUUGGAACUGUUAAUAUCAUCCUUAAUUUGAAACCCACUUCCGUACUGCAGAAGGCGCAAAUGCUGAGUAAAACAGGCUCUUGCAAGGUAUUCGACGUGGAUGCAGACGGAUAUGUUCGAUCAGAAGGAGCUGCUGUGAUAUUAAUUCGGGGAGUAAGUGAGAGAAACUACAAUUCAGGAAACGAAAUUUUAGCUCUCCAUCGAAAUGACAUGAUGUUUACAAUUGAAUCAUAUAGUAUGGGGCAUAAUGGACGAUCAAAUGGGCUUACGAUACCGAAUGGUAUAAGUGAGUACGAACUGAUUAAUACGGUUAAUACAAAACGUGUAAAUACGUCAACAAUAAGUUGGGUGGAAGCUCACGCAACAGGUACCCCUUUAGGUGAUCCAAUCGAGACGGAAGCUAUUGUCAGAGCUGUAGCAGAUUUAUCGAAUCGUCCGAUUUACAUCACUUCGGUAAAAAGUUCAAUUGGUCAUUGUGAGGCUGCAGGCGGUGCCGCAUCAUUGAUAAUGGCCCUUGAAGCAUAUCGUCACCAUUAUCUACCACCAAUCCAACAUUUCAAAUUGUUAAAUACGAAUAUCACGAACAAUGUUAUAUUGAACGUACCAGUAAUUGGCGAAGAAUUACCGGGUACUUUUGAUAUGCUCAUAAAUAGUUUCGGUUUCAGUGGUACCAAUGUAUCGGUAAUUCUCAGAGGAUGGAACAGAAGAGAGUUGGAAGAGAACGAGCAAACAAUAAAUCAUCUAGUAACGACGCAAAGGUUAUCAUCCGGUCAUUUUCCAUGCAUUCUUUUAUGUUCGGCAAAUGAUUCAGAAUCAUUCAAAUUAGAAUCUGAAAAAUUAGAGGAAUUUGUGAAAGAAACGAGCCAUAGUCUUGUAACAAUUUGCGCAUGCCUGCAAAAUUUGAGGAGUACUGGAAAACAUCGAACAGCAAUACCGAUUAAACGACACACACAAAAACGGAUAUCUUUCCGGACGACGAAUAAACAACAGAAAUGGAGUAAAAUUGUUUUGAGUUUGGGAAAAAGCCCAGAACCAUGUAUGAUCGCUGAAUUAUAUACAGUCUAUCCUUCUUUCCAGAAAAUUUUCAUAGAUCAUAUCAAAACAUAUAAAUGUGCAAAUAAUUUCACAUCAACCAAACGAAGUGGAAAAUUUGCAUUCGAAUAUGUUUCAAAACUUUCAUUGAUCACAUUUCUAAUCACCAUCGGAAUAAAUCCAUCAACAAUUAUUGCAUCGAGCAAAAUCGACCGAAUUGUUAUUGAAGUAUUAAGGGGAAAGUAUAAAAUGAAAUAUGCUUCAGAAGCAAUAAAUACUUCCGACAAAGGAAUGCCAUAUCAGCAUUAUAAUUUUGAAAUACGAAAAGAAAGAGUUUUCGAAGAUUUUGAUUGCAUUUUAAACAUGCAAACUUUACUAAUUGAGCAAUCUGGAAUGAUAUAUAGUGAUAAUUGGAAACGAUCAUUUACGAAUCAAUUCGUGGAUACAAUUUGCCAAUUAUAUGAGCAUUUUGUUGAUAUCAAUUGGCAGGUACUUAAUAAUCGAACGACUGAAACAUGCCUCAUACCAGAUUCUGAAUAUUGCAAAGAAAAAUAUUGGCCUUUUACUGAUCGUAAUGUACGAAGUAUCGAUUAUAGUAAUCAUUCGUAUGCCAAAGUUCCUUUUUCGAAUCUGCAACCUGAAAUAUCUCAAACAGCAGAAAAUCUAAAAGCAGAUUGCGCAGUUGACUCAUUGAACAAUAAUAAUGUUGACAGCACCGAAAUGGAUUCAGUCAACCAUCAUUACUUAUACAGACUGGUUCAAAAGAAAUGCACACUACCGAAACCUAGACGAAUUAUUCCAUUUAUUGCUAUCAAUCUUACCGAUCCAACAACAAUUAUAGCACAACAAGCUAUGUUUGUUGAUGAGAUAAACGAUGAUGAUGAUAUUUUUAGGAUCAAAAAGCAGCUUGAUCUAUAUAGAUGUACAAAAUUGGUAUUAGAAUGGAUAAUUGAUGAGGAAAAUUUAUUGGAAAAUACGAUAAGGCAAAGUAUUACAAAUAUGAAAUUAUGCUUAAUUGUCUUUGCUACUGUUAAUAUCAAAGGGAAACAGCGACUGUUUGCGCCAUUUUCUGCUUUACUGAAAACAUUAGCAAUGGAACAAACAAAUGUAAAUUUUAAAAGUAUUCAUACUGAUAUUAUCGAUCAACAACUUUUCGAUGAAAUUUCGGAUGAAAAUUUUCUCAAUGAAAUAAUCUGGUAUAAUAGCGGGAGUCGAUAUGUUGAAAGAUUGCAACAAGUGGAUGAUAACACAGGACUAGUUCUAGAACAAACAAGAAAUGCUGGUCGAAUAUUGAUAACAGGAAAUAUUCGAGGGAUAGCGAUAGAGUUGAUUAAAUUAUUGAAACCUGACUUGGCGGUCGUUGUAUCGAGAAGUAUGCCAAGCACCUGCAACACCGGUGAUAAUGGUUCUGUGAUCAGAACAAUACAGGCGGAUUGCACUAAUUACAAGCAAAUGAAUGAAAUUUUUGCAACAUUUGCACCAUUCGACAUUGUUUUCCAUUGUGCAGCAACGAUAAGUAAUGGUUUGAUGGAAAAUAUGAAUGUGAAAUUGUUUGAAAUGGUAUGUUAUCCAAAGGUUAUAGGUUUACACAACAUCAUCAGGCUUUCGGAAGUAUAUCCAAUCAGGAAGAUAGCAGCAUUCUCAUCAGCGGCAACAAUUUUUGGCUCUGCUGGACAAGCUAAUUAUGUUGUUGCUAACGAACUUAUGGAAUAUUUGAUGAGAAGAGAUAUGCCAGAUGGAUUGUUUAUUAGCUGGGGACCAUGGGAUGGACGAGGACUUCUGGCUGGCAAACAUAUGGCUGCUAUUCGGAAACAAAUCCAAAAUAGCAGUUGGAAGUUAAUGCAGGUAGAAAAGGUCGCUCAGUUAUGCUGCAAAUUACUUUCCAGUACAGGUCAUCAUAUAGUAAUGGAUGUUAAUUUUGAUGUGCUUCGAAAAAAGCGUCCAUAUCUAAGCAGUUUUCUAGAAUGUAUUCCAGAUAACAACAUCCAUAAAAAUGGCGAUUUGCAUUCAGAUUCUAAAUCAGAAAAGAAUUUUAAUGAAAUAAUCAAGAAUUGUAUUACGGAAGUAAGCGGUAUUACAGAUGUAAGACCUGAUGUAGGCUUCAUGUCAAUGGGAAUCGAUUCAUUGAUGAUCUCCGAAAUGAUAGCACUUCUUAAAGAACGGUUUAAUUUGAAUAUUCCUGUCGCUAUUUUUUAUGAGUACUCUACCGUGGAAACAUUAUCCCAAUAUUUGUCACAAAGUACUUCGAGCAGUUGUAAAUUAAAAAAUGAUAUGAAAGAGAAAGAUACAACUGAUGAGGUUGCAAUUAUUGGUUAUUCAGGAGCUUUUUCUGGAGCUUCUGAUGACGAAACAUUUUGGCAUUCUUUGUUAAAUGGCAAGGAAUUAAUUGAACAUCACAAAAAAACUACAACUGGUAAUUGUGAAAUUACAGAAGCAAUUGGUAUAGUACCAGAUAUCGACAAAUUUGAUUACCGAUUUUGGAAAAUGAGUCCUGACGAUGCAAGCUACAUUGAUCCACAAAUCCGGAAAUUUAUUGAGCAUGCAUAUGUUGCUCUUGAACGAUCAGGUCUUAUAAGACUCAAAAGUAAGCUAAGAAUAGCAGUUGUUGCCGGUGCUGAACCAUCGGAAUAUCGUCCAAAAUCACGUCGGAUCGGUGGUAUCGAAAAUUUAUACGAAAUGAAUCAGAAGGAUUUUGUGGCCGCAUGGACCAGCCAUUUGCUCGACCUUCAUGGUCCAUCAUUUGGAGUUUAUUCCGCCUGUUCCACAGCUCUUGUGGCUAUCAUACAAGCUCUUAAUUUGUUGCAUAAAAAUCAAUGUGAUGUUGCACUUGCGGGUGCUGUAUCUCUGGCUAUGCCUCGUACUGAUGAUAGCAGGAGCUUACAAGGAAUGGUACUGUCAACUGAUGGUCACUGCCGACCAUUUGAUUACAAAUCGAGCGGAACAGUUCGAGGUUCAGCAGUUGGUGUUGUUGUAUUAGGACGACUUAGCGAAGCUCGACAAACGAACACUCCAGUGAUAGCUAGAAUAGCUGGCUAUGGGAUUACUAAUGACGGCUUGUUAAAGUCUAGCUUUAUGGCACCGAAUAUCAACGGUCAGCUAAAUUGCAUGAAGGAAGCAAUUGAGAUGGCUGGUACAUCUGAUGUAGAUUACAUCGAAUGCCAUGGGACUGGAACAACAACAGGUGAUCUAAUCGAACUUACAGCAAUGUCCCGGUUGUAUCAUCGUGACACAUUAAUUGGUUCAGUAAAGGCUAAUAUCGGACAUGCUUUAGCUGGAGCUGGCAUUGGUGCCAUUAUUAAGUUAUGCAAAAUCGCUGAAAUGAAAAUUAUUCCGAAACAAAUUAAUUUCGAUAAAUUAAACGAAAAUCUGAAAGAUGUUAGUUUUAAAAUUACUCAAUGUAACAUCGGAUUUCAGAAGAAAAAAUUACGACUUGCUAUGAAUUCUUGUGGUAUUGGUGGAACUAAUGCACAUAUUAUCAUAGAAAAUGAUGAUCACAUAUCUUCCAUCAAUCAUUCAAAUAUUAAGCAAUGUUUUUAUGCUUUAACAAUAUCAGGUAGAACUGGAAACGCAUGUAUUCAUCUUUGUAAUCGUAUAGCUAAUUAUCUGACACCGGAAACGAAUUUAGCUCAAGUAGCAAGCACAUUACAAAACUAUCGUGAACAUUUCGAAUAUCGAAUUGGUAUAAAUGUGCAAUCAGCUGUGGAUGCUAUCAAUCAACUGAAAAACAUUGGUAAAAUGGAAAAGAUGAUCAAAUUGAAGCGAGAAAACAUUGCAUUCUAUUUUGCACCACAGGGAUUGGAAUAUUCUAAUAUGGGAUUAGAAGCAAUGGCUUACAAUGAAGUAUUUCGUGGAGUUAUGCAAAAAUGUUGUCAUAUUGCUAGUAAAUUAACUGGUAUCAAUUUCCAAACUAUUAUUCAUCCACAACAAAAAUUCAAUUCGCAAUAUGCGAUCAUCGAACAGCCGUAUUCACAGAUGGCAACAUUUAUUGUCUGUUUUGCUUUAGCCGAACAGUUACUAGCCUGGGGAAUUAAAGGAUGCAUAAUGAUGGGACAUAGUUUGGGUGAAUAUGUCGCAGCAGCUCAAGCUGACGUCUUUGAUGUGGAAACUGCAUUAAAAAUACUUUUCAAACGUGGGUGUUUAAUUGCGAAAACGGAAAAAGCGAAAAUGCUCGCUGUAAAACAUUCACAAUUUCCCUUCGAAUUACCAAUAAAAAGUACCGAUGAAAAAUCGCUGAAAAUUGCUGAAACUGUUGAAGUUUCUGCUAUUCUUCGUUCGGAUCUUAAAUGUUUGGUUGGAAACCCUGAAAGAAUUGACGAGUUAAAGAAAAAACUGGAAGAGGACGAGGUGCAUUGCAGGGAAUUGGAAACAAAUUAUGGUUUUCACAGUUCAUUCAUGGAUUCCAUACUUGAAGAAUUUGAACAAUUUUUAGAAAAUUUCACUUUUCGAGAGCCGACAACACAAAUUUUAUCAAAUAUUGAUGGCCAAGUUAUUAAGCAUUUUGAUAGUAAAUAUAUGGUGAAACAUAUGAGAAGCACAAUUCGAAUUGACAAAUGUAUCGAAAAUUUGGACAGUGAAAUUAAGAUAAUCAUAGAAAUUGGUCCAAAAGGAAUUCUCGAAAGUUUAUUGAAGGAUAAUCCGCGUGAAAUUGGAGUGAUUUCAACAUUACCAUCUAAAAAGCAAUAUGAAAAAGGUCAUGAUACAGGUGAUCUGAUUGGUGUCGCGACGAAAUUAUGGAUGAAAGGUUAUGAGCUAAAUUGGGAAAUGAUCUGUGGAAAUUAUGGUUUUGAUAAACUUCUGCCAAAUUAUCAGUUUGAAAAAGAUAUUUGCUGGGAAUAUCAAGAGAAGAAGUGGAACACAGAAAAAUCUGACGUGAAUCUGUAUGGACCAUGUUGGAUACCAUACAAAUUUACAAACCGAAGACGAUUUCCGAAAGGAGUCCUAUUGUUCUUACCGACGAUCCGCACAAAAGCAAUCUGUACACUUCUCACAGUGCUGCACAAUUUGUUCGUACCAGUUCAAUGUAUCUUCAGUGACUCUUUCUCAACUCGAAAUGUAAAUGUAAUAAAUGGCGACAUUUAUAUAAAUUCGAAUAAAGAAGAAUCAUACCAACAAUUAGCUAAUUUUCUCCGUGAUAGUAAUUUCUGCUAUGAUACAAUAAUUCAUGCAUGGAAUUUAUCGAUGAAUUAUGAAACUGAACAGAUCAAUGAUUCUUACUUACUUUCAAGUUUUUAUUCCAUAAAUUGGAUUCUAACGAAUCUUAUACAGAACAUAACUGAUAUAAGAUUUUUAGUAAGUAUUGAUUGGAAUGCAGAACCGGAGAUAUUCACAAUUCUCGGGCCGAUAAGAGAAUUAACAAUGACAAGGCAAUCAUCAAAAGCUGCUUGCAUUCUUUGCACCCCAAAAAUUAAUUUAUUUGAGGCAUUACAAUUAUUGGAAUCUUAUCAAGCUGAUUUUUCGUUGAUUCGAAAUACAAUAAAUGGAGAAUUUGAGUAUUUUUCCUAUCAAGUAAAGCAAAUUGAAAGCAGCAAUUAUAUUGCGAAAAAUUGGGAUCAAUCGAUUGAUAAGAAUGAAUGUGUUAUUCGAAACGCUGAUGUCAUUGUGAUUUUUGGAUUUGGUAGCAUUGGACAGUCUUUCAUCGAUGUUCUUUGUCAAAACUUCGACUUUUUAACGAUUUGUAUAGCUAGUCCGAAUGCUACGCAUCAUUUUCAGAAAUUGCAUACUAAAAUUAAUCAGUGGAAAAGUUCAAGAAAAUUUAGAACAUCGGGAAAAAUUAAUAUUACCAAUAAUCAGCAUACAAUUCUCGCAUACGACGUUGAUGUAAGGAAAAAAGAACAGGUACAACAUUUCCUAAGCCAAAUAAUGCUGCAGCAUGGACGAAUCAAUAUCAUAAUUCAUGCAGCAGCAGGAAAAAUUGAUAGUACUAAAUUUGAAAAGAAUUUCGAUCAAAUACAAUUUGUAUUGCAACCGAAGAUUCGAGGUGUCCGAAACAUAAUCAGUAUUUUAUGCGAGGAUGAUAUCAGCAUUCGAAGUUUAAUACUUAAUUCAAGCAUGAAUGCCUUAUUUGGAUUACCCGGCAAUAAUGAUUAUGCGGCAUCAAAUAUUUUUUUGGAUGCAUGUUGUAACAGAAAUUAUCGAAGCAUCCAAAAUAUCACAACUAUACAAUGGACCGGUUGGAGAGAUAGCAAUAUGCUUGAGUUUUAUGCUAAUAAGGAAAAUAAAAGUCAGAAUCCGGUAGCAAACUUUAUCAUCGAAUACUCAUUAUCAAUGAAUGAGGCUAAACGAAUGAUAUGGAAAUGUUUGCAUGAACAGGGAUUGAUUGCUGUAUCGUUUGUUAGGCCCAAUGAUAUUGUCCAUGAAAUUCGUAAAUUAAACUUUACGGUAAGUGAUAAAUUUGUCGCCAUUCCGGAACAAGAAAAAAGUAUUGGAAAGAAUGGUAACGAUUUAAGAAAUAUUAUCGCAAAGAUUUGGAUGAAUUAUUUGGGUGUUGAGCGAGUAACCAGUCAUGAUGACUUCUUUCAAUUAGGCGGACAUUCUUUAAACGGCAUGCAAAUUAUUUGGGAAAUUAAUCGUGUGUUGCAAACUGAUUGCAAAUUGGAUGAUCUGUUCCAAAAUUCACAAUUCGAAAACUUUUCGCAACUUUUACAAAAAACAGAUAUUAAUGAAAAAGAUCGAAAAUUUCCAUAUAAUUUGAAAAGUUACAAAAUUCUCGAUGACAUUGGUGAAUUGCGAAGGAUUCCAUUGAGUUAUCCACAAGAAAAUAUGUACAUUUUAAGACAAUUACAACAUCCAACUCUCUACAAUAUUUCCUUCUUAUUAAUAUUUCAAGGAUUAUUUUGCAUUAAAAGCUUACGAAAGGCACUACUAUUUCUUAUUGCACGGCAAACUUCUCUUCGAACCACAUUUUCGGUAUCAAAUAAUGGAUACUGUCAGGAAAUUCAAUCCCUUACCGAAUCCUACUAUCACAUAACUUGGCCUGUCGUGAAUGAAUUUGAACGUCGCAAGUUGAUAAAGAAUGAGAAAAAUCAUAUAAUGGAUUUGAGUAAGAUUCCAUUCAGAAUAUUAGCAAUGUGUAGUGAUGAGAGUGAAGGGAAGGGAAAUGAAUACAUACUACUGAUAAGCCAACAUCAUAUCAUUACUGAUGGCUGGUCGAUGACUAUUUUUGCCAAUGAAUUAGGACAGUUUUAUCGUUAUUGCGUAACAAAUCAACGUAUUCCGGAAACUCUUAAAAGAUUAUCGAGAAAUGUAACUCAUUUUGCAAUUUGGCAACGUAGCAACGAAUUUACUGCGAGAAUGCAAAAUGAUCUUCAACGAUUGUGUGCCAAACUUCAAGGACUUCAGGCAACACGGAUUGUUGCGCAGAAAACUGCAAUUAUGGCAUCGAAGUUAAUUAGCCAAAAGACAUUUGAGAUUCCACCAUCUCUUUGGGCGCAAAUCAUUCGAACAGCUAAACAAUAUCAACAAACAAUAUACACAGUAAUGCUUACUGCAUUCCUAUGUCUUGUUCGAAAAUUUUCGGAUGAUUACAGUAACAAUACAAUUGUGAUCGGUUGUCCGGUAUCCGGAAGAGUGGAUACAGAAGAAAUGAAAUCGGUAAUUGGAUAUUUUUUGAACAACAUAAUCCUUAUUGUUAGAGAUUUCAAAAUGAAUGCAACAAACAGUAUUCUUUUUGAGCAAGUUAAAGAAGCAAUUCAAGAAGCUCGCUCAUUCGAGCAUUUACCAUUUCACUUAUUGGUAGCUAAAUUGUCACAUCAUCGACGACACAUUCAACAACAUCCCAUUUUCGAUAUAUUUUUUAACUAUCGUCAUAAUCUUGACUUUCCGAAAAUCGAAAUUUCCGAUGUAAGAAGUACGAUAACACAACUUACCACCAAUGACGCAUUUGAUUUUGCAUGUACAAUUGAUGAAAUAGAGGAAGGCACACUGAUUACCAUUGAUUACAAUGUCAAUCAAUACUCGAUUCAGCUUAUUGAUGAAAUGAUUGCAGUUUAUUUUAAAUUACUAAAGUCUAUUAGUAGUAAUCAAUCUGAUAGCGGAAGAAAUGUGAUGAAUGAUUUAGAAUGUAAAACUUAUCAAGAUGUGUUAUCUGGAAGUGUCAUUGAUAUUAUUGAGCAACAAUCUGUGCUUACUGAUAAGCUUACUGCUUUUUGCUAUCCACAUCAAACAAUUACUUAUCGACAGAUGUAUGGUAUGAUUCAUAUGUUUUCCAAAAAAAUUAAACAAUUUUACUUGCAAAAUACUUGUGAAAGCAUUCGUGCUGAUACAAUAAUACCGAUAUGUGCCGAUUCAAAUGCAAUAAUAGUGCCGCUUCUAGCAGUGCAAUUAGCCGGUGCAGCAUAUGCACCUAUCGAUCCUGCAAAUUCGACAACAAUGAUCAUGCAAUUGGUGCAAGACAUCGGUGCAUCAAUUAUUAUUGUUCAGAGAAAUGAUUUGGGAUUAAAUAUUCCUGCUUUAUCGUUGAUUCAUUUUCUAUCAUUGGAUUGUCAUCAGCAAUCUUGCAUUUAUGAUAUAGAAGGAUGGCUAAUGGAUCAUUUAAAUGAAAAGUUCAAAAGAGCAAGUAGCAGAAAACGUUUGCAAAGCUGUGAUGCGUCAUACAUCAUUUUUACCAGUGGUUCUACCGGAAAACCAAAAGCUGUUUGUGUUACCAAUCAGAAUCUUCUCAGUUUUGUACUUACAUCAACUCAGCAAGCAACUUUUUAUCCCAAAUUUCGCAUCUAUCAUUCUGUCAAUACAAUUUUUGAUGUAAGUUGCGUGAAUAUUUUUACAACUUUUUCGAACGGCUGUUGUUUGAUUGCAUCGCAAAAUAUUUUGAAUGCAAUUGUUGAAAUUGUUCAGAGAAAUGUGAAGUUCGCUUUCCUACCAUCGGCUUUCUUUAAUAUGCUUGAUGAGGAUGAAAUUGUUCAACUUCAACAGUUGGAGAAGUUAUAUGUCGGUGGUGAAACACCAAAUAAUCAGCAACUUAAUCGAUGUAUGCAAAUGGGAAUUCGAAUUUGUCAAAUUUACGGUCCAACGGAAACUACUGUUUGGUCAUUAUCGAACAAUUGCUCGAUAUUAGAAUAUGAAUGUGGUCGAGUAAUCGGAUCACCGAUCAAUAACGAGACUGCAUACCUUUUAGAUUCAGCAAACAAUAUAACAUGUAAUGGUGGUAAAGGUGAAUUAGUGAUAUGUGGAGAAGGCGUUUCACGCGGAUAUUUAAAUCAAAAAGCAAAUGUUUUCACGUUCAAUAAAUUUCAUACUAAAGAAGAUGAAAUUUUAAAUCGUAACAUGUUUUGCUAUUUUACCGGUGAUUUUGCAAUGAAACUCGGUGAAAAGUAUCAUUUCUUAGGACGAAAAGAUAAGCAACUUAAGAUAUGUGGUUAUCGUGUGGAACCCGGGGAAAUCGAAACUGCAAUAAAACGAUGGGAUUCGUCAAUUCGAAACGUUGCUGUUUUAAAAAAUGAUCAGUUAGACAGUUUAUUCUUAUUUAUUGAAAAAGAUAUCGACAGUCGAUACAGAGAAAGAUUACGAGAACAUCUGAAACAGCAUUUGCUUCAUUUCAUGAUACCCAAGAAGAUCAUUAUGCUGCAACGAAUGCCAUUAAAUAAGAAUGGAAAAAUUGAUAUUAAUAAAUUGAACGAAAUGAUGGAAAAUAGUUAUUCGGCUGAGAAUGAUAGUACGAUUUCUAAACUUUGUCAAUUUGAUAAAAUAUUUUCCGAACAAGUACGAGAAAUUUGGUGUCAACUACUUGGAAUAUCUAAUCCCAAACUUGAAGAUGAUUUCUUCGUAAUCGGUGGACACUCGCUUCUAUUAGUACUUCUUCGACAAAAACUUCGUGAUAAAUUCAAAUUUGAUCUUAACUUCGAACAUUUCUAUCGUCAGCCAACAUUAGCAGCGCUAAUUGAUAGCAUACAUACAAAUAUGAAUGUAUACAACGGAGUAACGGAUGAGAAAAAAAUUUCAAACUAUCAUGUUUGUCGAGAUCAAAUGAGUUUAUACUCUUCACUUCCAACAUAUUCUAUUCCAAUAAUUGAAUCGGUAAGAUUUGUAAAUCUUCGGGAAACGACAUCAGCUAUCGGUAAUCUUUAUAUGGUACAUGCUAUCGCUGGUACAAUAUAUCCAUACUUUGGACUGCUAUCAACUAUACCACAAUGCUUGAAUAUUUAUGCUAUUGAAUAUGAAUUUCAUUAUCCAUCGAAUAGCUUAAUGGAGCUUGCAUCUUUCUACUCCAAACAAAUUAUCAAACAUAGCCAAAUGAAAGCAAUACAUUUAAUGGGACAUUCGUUAGGUGGUAUUUUGGCACGUGAAAUAGCACAAUUACUUAAUGACAAUCGCGAUAAUGAAGUAACAUUUGUUAUAAUGCUUGAUUCAUGGUAUAUUGGUAUUGAUAAUUUACAUGUGAACAAUGUCAAAUGUUAUCUGCAGGAAAAAUUAGAAGGUUUACCGGGUAAAGAGGAAUAUAUCAAGAAAUCAGCAAAAUUAACUGCAAUCCUGCAAAAUCAUCAAUUUUCGAUCAAUUCUAUCAAAAUUUAUCUCUUGAAAGCAAAGAAUCAUGGAAAUUCUCCUCUCAGAGCAGAUCUAAGAGGAUCAAAUCCCGAACAGCAAACGCGAUCGUUGAUUUCAAAUGGUUGGCAGAAGAUUUCUGCGAAGAAUGUGGAUAUAUUUCUGGCUGAUGGCGAUCAUGAUUCUAUGUUACAUCAACAUAAUAUAAUCUUUCUGAGCAAUAUUUUCGCUUACAUUUAUGGUAAGAACGGAGUGAUGGUUGAACAGGCUUGA